UUUGUUUUUUCUUUAGUUAAAUUAAGGGGAGGGCCUCCUCUUCUUCAAUCUAUCUAGGUAUAAAUACCCAAACCCCUUUCAUGACCUUGCACCUGCUUUUGUGGAAUCAACUCCAUCGUUGCUGAUUAUCUUUAUGCAGUAGCAAAUAUAUUAAUGGCGCCCGAACAGAAAACUUUCGUGUUUGGUGAUGUCUCUAAGCACAACAAAACCAACGACUGUUGGGUGAUCAUAUCUGGAAAGGUUUAUAACGUAACCCAGUUUAUGGAAGAGCACCCUGGAGGGUCAGAAGUUAUUCUAGCAGCAACUGGCAAAGACGCGACAGAAGACUUUGAAGACACCGGACACAGUGAUGAAGCUAAAGAACUGAUGGGUAAAUAUUACAUUGGUAAGAUCGACGAAACAACUAUUCCAAAGAAACGCUCGUAUGAUCUAUCCACAACUGAGAAGACCUAUAGUUCAUCUACAACUAGUUCUUCAGACCCGACUCGAGAACUCAUAAUCAAGAUAUUAAAGUUUCUUGUGCCGUUCAUGAUAUUGGGCUUGGCUUUCACCGUUAGAGGCUAAAGAGAAAUCGGCUUUAUUCUAUGAUGUGUGAUUAAUAAAAAUGUCUGGUCCUUAGAAUUAAAUCAUGCAUUUUCAAGUUAAUAAUGGUGUAUAAAUUUGUAUAUAAAGUCUGGCUCAUCGAUAAUAACUUAAUGGGCCAAACUUAUCUAUAUACAGUUUUGCACGUUAUUAGUUAAUUAGUUUUGUAAGUCUUGUUUUUGGAAAUUUUCUUGCAAUGAAACUCGCAAUUUUCUUUGUUUA